AUGACCAUCACUGCCAGUACUCUACCAAAAUUAUCAGCAAGCGCAUCAGGCAAAGUGGACAAACUUGAUCCUCAUCGUUGGAAAGAUGAUGCAAAAACGGGAAUGUGUGACUUGUACGAAGUUCUUGAUGCUGUCAGUUCCACAUCGAUACCGGAUCCAACGGACUCUGAAGCCAAUCUUGUAAUGGAUCUUGUAAGAGCCAAGCGCGAGGUUCUUGUCGCGCAAAAGGUGCUGGCAGAGUGUAUACUGCGCGAAAAUGAAAUCCAGGCCAGCUUGCUCAAAUUUCAAGUCGACACCACGGAGAAGAAAUUAGACGAUACUGACAUGGGCUUGGGGUACAUGAGAGCCGUCUUUAAGAAGUACGGCUGGUCUCAUAUUUCUCCUCUACCUCCAGGACACGGGAAUUAUCUACACACUGUAGACUCGUUGAACUUCAAAUGUCAUAUGCUUUCUUUCGCCCUUAGCAAAUUUAGUCACUUGGUGCCGCUCGAGUUGAAUUGA